AUGAUGGUGCAUUGCGCCGGGUGCGAGCGGCCCAUCCUGGACCGCUUCUUGCUCAACGUCCUGGACCGGGCCUGGCACAUCAAAUGCGUGCAAUGUUGCGAGUGCAAAUGUAACCUCACCGAAAAAUGCUUCUCGCGGGAAGGCAAGCUCUACUGCAAGAACGACUUUUUCAGGAAGUUUGGGACGAAGUGUGCCGGCUGCGCGCAGGGCAUCUCUCCCUCCGACCUGGUCCGGAAAGCGAGGAGCAAAGUUUUCCACCUGAACUGUUUCACCUGUAUGGUGUGCAAUAAACAACUCUCCACGGGCGAGGAACUGUACAUCAUCGAUGAGAACAAAUUUGUGUGCAAAGAGGACUACCUGAGUUCCACCAGUUUGAAAGAAGGCAGCCUGAACUCAGUUUCUUCCUGUACCGAUCGAAGUUUAUCUCCGGACCUUCAGGACCCCAUGCAGGACGAUACAAAGGAAACAGACAAUUCCACUUCCUCGGAUAAAGAAACCACCAAUAACGAAAAUGAGGAGCAGAACUCUGGAACCAAAAGAAGGGGACCUCGGACCACUAUCAAAGCCAAGCAGCUGGAGACCCUCAAGGCGGCUUUUGCAGCCACCCCUAAACCCACCCGGCAUAUUCGGGAGCAGCUAGCUCAAGAGACGGGGCUCAACAUGAGAGUCAUCCAGGUUUGGUUCCAGAACCGACGCUCCAAAGAGCGAAGAAUGAAGCAACUGAGCGCCUUGGGAGCCCGAAGACACGCGUUUUUCCGGAGUCCUCGGCGCAUGCGCCCUCUGGGAGGCCGGCUGGAUGAAUCCGAGAUGCUGGGCACGGCUCCUUACAGCUACUACGGAGAUUACCAAGGCGAUUACUACGGCCCUGGGAGCAACUACGACUUUUUCUCGCACGGCCCCCCCUCGCAGGCACAGUCGCCGGCCGACUCCAGCUACAUCCCGACCUCGGGGGCCGGGUCCACCCCACUCGGGCCCCUGGACGCCCCCUUGGCCGCACACCACACCUCGGAGAACCAAAGGUACACGGAUAUGAUCUCUCACUCCGACACGCCCAGCCCGGAGCCGGGGCUGCCGGGCUCGCUGCAUCCCAUCCCGGGAGAGGUCUUCAGUGGGGGUCCCAGCCCCCCUUUCCCUAUGUCGGGGUACAGCGGUCCCCUCUCGCAUUCCAACCAGGAGUUGAGCGAAGCGGCCGUCUGGUAGAGCGCCCGGGAAGGGGGGACGCCGCGCUCCAGACCUCUCGUCUAAGCCCCCAACUCGGACCGAGCCCCUCUUCCCACCCGGAGUUGGGGGGGCUUCCCUCGGAGCCGCUCCAGGACCGCUGAGUGGGCCCAGUGGAGACGCCUUGGAAAGCCCGGGUAGGGAGCGUCGAGGGGGCCGCCAGCUGCCAACCUCCGAGUUUCUCAACUCUUUUGGACCAAAGUUGGAUUCGCUCCUCGUUUCGCAGACUGGAGGAUGGGGAUGAGGAAUGGGGAGGGGGGCUUCUCUUCCCUUGCCCCGUUCCACCUCGCUGGCCCUCACCCACCCACCCAGGAUAGUGUCUUGGGUUCGAUUUUUAGUGUUUUUUUUUUUAAAUAAAAAUAAAGGGAGAUGGGGAGAGAAGACAGACACACAAAAAACAUCCAAAAAGCAAAUUGGAAUUUGGUUCGCUUUGCUUUCGUUUUUCUCCGGAUUCGGACCCCCAAAGGAAAAAAGGAAAAAAGGAAAAAGGAAGGAAGGAAGAAAGAAAGAAAGAAAGAAAGAAAGAAAGAAAGAAAGAAAGAAAGAAAGAAAGAAAGAAAGAAAGAAAGGAUUUCUUUUAAUUAGGAAACUGGUUUGAUUGACGGCGAUGGCAGGGCGAAGUGGGGGUUGGAAAAGGGGGAAGAAGAGCCGGAGUGGAUUUUGGGUUUUGUUUUUUUUUUUGUUGGUGACGCGGCGCCCCCUGGUGGUCGGUGCUUGGAACGACAUGCCGGACUUCUUCAAAGAACUCCUUCAAGACGGAUUGGCGAGGGGGUCUUGGUUUCCUUUGGGUUGAAUUAAUUCAUUAAUAUUAUUCUAAUAUUAUUCUUUAUUUUUAUUGGGGAGGGAAGACGACGCCCCCACUUCCCCACCCCCGACGACCAAUAACAGCAAACAUUUUAAAAAAGAGAGAGAAAGAGAGAGAGAGAGAAAAGCAAAUGAUUUGAAGAUGGUUAAGGACCCUUUCGCCAAAUUUUGCUGGGAGGCUGUUUGAGGAUGUAUUAUAGGGUUUUUUUGCUCCUAGUUUCUUUAUUUUGUAUAAAGAAGAAACAAAUAAAGUAUGUUUUUGUGUUUA